AUGUCGCUCUACUCUUCUUUUCACAACCCGGACAGCCCUGCGAAAGGACAGCCUGCUCCCCGCAAAGAGAAAGCAUCGCUCUAUCAUGACACGCCAGUAAUGGCCGAAUUGCCUGAACACCUUGCUAGGCGCUCUCCCUCUGUCGAAAAGCCUUCUUCAUUACACAGCUACAAUGCAGCACUUCAAUUUUAUCCGCCACGAAGGAAGACUGUGGACAAGCAAGCUAAAACAAGUCGGCCUUUGCAUACCACAGCCGCCGUUCUACCAUUUGUUGCGCCUACAAAGGCCUAUGAAGCUUAUACGAACUACGACUUGGAAGAUGUCGCUGAAGAGUAUCGUCAAAGCAAAAAGCAAAAGAUUAAAAAGGUUGCGCCUGCGAAGACCAGUCUGAUUGACUGGCGAGCAAGCUAUGACCCACGCCGGCCGAUUGAGUUGAGUGACUGGCUAUUGAGUGAUGAGCGACUUGAAGAGCUUGAAGAGUGGAAGAAGGUCAAACAGAGGCGGCUUGCAGCCUCGAUUGUCAAUGCUGACGACACAGAGGCAUUGCCACCGCCGACUCCCGGUAUUCAGCAAAAGAGGCGGUCUGUUUCUCCGCAACAAAGGCCUCCCACACAGCCUAGUCUUGCGCCUGGACAAAAGGGUUUUGCAGCACGCUAUAUGGCCGCUCAGGGUUGGCGUAAAGGAGACGGUCUAGGCACAGCAGGUCAAGGUCGUCUUGCUCCGCUCUUUGUAAGGCCGGGCAAAGAUGGUAUCGGUCAAGUAAUCGACAAGGACCGCCAAACGCCUCGAGAACGGCCAAGUAGAUCAAUCUUGCUCAUGGGACUCGUCAAAGCCGGGCAGGAAGUGGAUGAGAUGCUACAGCAAGAUAUUGGAGAUGCCUGUACCGCGAGUUAUGGCGCUGUGGAGCGUGUUCAGUUGGACUGGCGGACUGGCAGAGUCGUGAUUACCUUUGUGGAUAUGCAAAAUGCCGCCCAGUGUGUCUCUAGCAUUGGAUCUCGGCGAUUUUGGGGCGAGACGGUGCAUGCCAGCUUCAUCACAUAG